AAUAGGUGUUGGUUACGUGCUCGCUCUCGAUAUUGAACGCAGUGACGUAGUUGUCCGCCGCCUGUUGGUCUUUCACAGUUGGUGACGAGUAGCGAAUACGAAAAUGGCCUCGACCCUUCCCGUAGACUCUAAUAUCCAGAGAAGAUGACGGCGAUAAGCUCGUUAAGUCGUUUAAACUCUAAACUGUCUUCUUGGAACACGUAGGUAAAGGAAAAGGAAGGGGCAAAAAGAGAGCCCCGGCCAAGAAAACGCUCCAAAGCACCGAAUAUUUCCGUCAGGCUGAGGAUUCACCAUGGAGGAUAUCAACUCUAAUAUCAACGCGGACUUGGAGGUGCGGAAGCUCCAGGACUUGGUGAAAAAACUCGAGCAGCAAAACGAACAGCUUCGGAGUCGGUCCACGUCGUUGCCUUCGUCCGGUGGACUGUCCGGGAACCACAGACCUCACAGCGCCGGCUACGACUCGUCCCUGUCAGCCAGUCUGGCCGGCUUCCCUGGGGUGGGGUUCGGCGGAACGGGCGGCUACGGGGGUCUGCUGGAGAACAGCCGCUGUUCGAGACCCAGGCUGUCUUAUGACGGCAUCAGCUUCAUGAGGGCGUAUGACUGCGAGGGGGCUUCUGCUGCCACCGCGGUGUCGAUCAUGAACUCACUUUACCCAGACAACGCCGGGGAGUUGACGGCUGAAGGGGAAACCUCUAUCCUGGAUGAAGUGGACAUCUUAGAUCUUGAAGACAUGGAUUGUCUGAACGAAGACGAGGACAGCUGGUUAUAUGAAGCGAAACUCAACAGUCCCUUGCAAAAAGCCUUGAGUCCCAUCGUAUGGUGCCGCCAAACUCUGGACCAUCCCAGUCCUGAGAUCGAAUCAGCCAAGCGCUCUCUCAUCCACAGACUGGACCUCACCCUGUCAGCCAACAAGCGCAGGAGCGUGUAUGGAAGUCCCUAUCCGCAGCAGGGAUAUGGAAGUCCCUACAGCACAAAUGCAGCCAACAGCCCCUACAGCAGUGGCUUCAACUCCCCCUCCUCCACCCCCUGCAGAGUGCCCAUUGUCCGACAGCAGCUAAUGCCCAGCAACACUGGGCACCAGCGGAAUACAGCAGAAAGGAACCCUCCAGCCGUCAGCCCACAGUCAUCAGUGGACAGCGAGCUGAGCACUUCAGAGAUGGAUGAGGACUCCGUGGGCUCCUCGACCACCUACAAGCUCAAUGAUGUCACUGACGUCCAGAUCCUGGCUCGCAUGCAGGAAGAAAGUUUGAGGCAGGACUAUGCUGCAACCGCCUCCAGGCGCAGUUCUGGUUCAUCUUGCCACUCGCUGCGGCGUAGUACAUUCAGUGACCAGGAACUAGAUGCACACAGUCUGGAGGACGAGGAAGAGGCAGUGCACCUGGCCAUCCCCCUGCCCUCCAACCGCUUCAGCCCCUCCCCUCGCCACUCUCCUCACGUCUCUCCCAGGAACUCCCCCCGCUCACGCUCCCCUGCCCGCUCCAUAGACUACAGCCAUGGCCGGGGCUCCCCACAGCCCAUCAUCAGCCGCCUGCAGCAGCCUCGCCACUCGCUGCAGGGCCAUGGCCACGAUCUGCAGACCAGCGUGGUCAAGAAUGAAGAGAAGCUGCGGCGCAGUCUUCCCAACCUCACACGCUCUUCUGCUGCCGUGACCGCUCAGCCACCAGAACCUGUCAAGAGCAGCCGCAGCUGUGAGUCCAACCUCCAAGUGCCAAACGGUGGCUCUCCCCGACACCAGAACCAGUCAGCUAUUACAGCUCCACUCCAGAGAUACGCCGCGUCUUCUCACUCGUCUCCAAAACCCAAACAGCUCCUCCAAAGGCCAACUGCCCUUCGAGUCCCACUCUCCUGUUGCUUUGGAGAAGAAGGUGAUUUCAUCCCUUCUCCCAGUAAACUCCGAACUCCAGCCACACCAUCCCCGCUGGCUUUGAGGCAGCCCAUAAAAGCCACCUCCACCCCAAAUUCUGCCACCUCCACCCCCACCCGCUCACUGGCUCCACCCCGCAGCGGCCUGCCCCGACCCAGUGCGUCUACAGGAGGAGGAAUCCCUCUACCCCGCAGCAAACUGGCCCAGCCUGUACGAAGAUCUCUUCCUGCUCCCCGGAGUUAUAACAGCACAGGUGAGAACUGGAGAGAAGGUUGUUACUGAGCCGAGCCAGCGGGGGCUCUCCGGUCACAUUAUCGAACAAAACAGCAUGGCACUUUAUGCACCCCUAACUUUUACCAUAAAGAGAAAGACAUUAACGACUCAGAAUUUAAAAAUGGAGGACAGAGAGCACAUUGAUUAAAAGAGGACGCCCCAUGGGGGACUGGCUCUAGAAGGCUCCGGCUUUCAGCGCAGACGACCCAGGAAACGCCAAAGAAACCAGCCGGCCUCCAGCUGUCAGUAGAGAACAUCACCUGCCUUGAUCUGAUUCAUCGGAGACGGUCCAGCCCUCACCCUCUGACAUCACCCUCAGGUUGAAGAGUCCCCCCCCCCGAUCAGCUGAAUUUGGUGAUCUCUCUGAAGAUGCUGGGGGGGGGGGGAUCUGUGCUGUGAUGAUGUCUUGCAGCUGUGUGGGUUUGACUCAUCUUUCCUCUCUAAGUAAAAGAAAUGUAUGCACAAGCUUGUUUUGGAAAUUAUUUAUUAAAUUAUUUAAGAAGUUUAUGUCCAAACAUCAAUAUCAGUAUUUUGAUUUAAAUUUUCAGUUGCUAAAAUUGAAUAUGUUGAUCCUCAACUGCAAGCUAACUCUCCAAAGCCUGGCUUUUGUUUGGGCUUAAACCCGGGUUCUAACAACGCCUCAGCUCUGAAGCAGGAAUAGUUAAAGGAAAGGUUGGAUUUAAAUUUGAGGUACCGUAUAUCUGAAACAUUAAGAGACUUUAUCUGCCAAACGCUCAUUUAUUUGUGUCUUAUUUUUGCUGUGGAGCAACAAAGUGUAGAGGAUAUUUGAGCUUUCACCCUCUGUGCUUUGACCUUGAUCAGUAGGUCCGGCAGUGUCAGGAGACGGUUCUGUAAUGAUGUGGUGGGUUCUUCAAUCAGUGCCUAUAAUUUAAAGUUCCACUUGAGUUUGAGCAUCAUGUUUUAGUUUCUAUGUCCAUCACUUUGUGCCAUUUUCUCCCUUUUUGCCUAUUUUGUUCUCGGUUUGCCUGCUUGAUUGGUGUACUUGGCUGUUUGUCUUUGGAACUGAAUCAACACAUUUCUAAUUGCUUUAAAAUGUUUCUUACGUGCCUUUGUAUUUAUAACAGAUGACUGCUUCUUUACAUGAAUCUAUUUAUUAAAAGAGAUGGGUACCUCUGUUGAUGCUUAGUUUUGGUGGGAAACCCAGAUGAAUAUUGAAAAAAAAAACACACUUUGUGAGCGAUUUUUGUUAAUAAACUUUGUUUUAUAUCCACAAACAUGACAUUUGGUUUCCCUGUGUAAAGUCACAUUUCAAAUAAAAAAAUCAAAGUUUUAA